AUGGUUAACACUUUUUACAUGUUUGAGAAAUAAUUUAGCAGCAAGAAGAAUUUUAAUUUCUAUUUGGUCAACUGUUCUGCUAUUUCAUCAGAGUUUUAUGCAUAAAGUGAGUAUGAUAUUGAUACUCUUAUGCUAAAUUUCAUAAGGGUAGUUCAAAACUAUCAGAGUUUAGUUAGGCAUGCUUCAAGUACAAGCGUGUCGUUAGGCAAGAUCAGGCAAAAGAUCAUACUAACAAGUAUUGCCGAAAGAAGAGCAUGAUACAAGUAUCAUGAAGCGUUUUUGCAUUUAAGUGACAGUAACCUUACUAUUGUCAAGAUAGUUACACAUGCUGAAUAUUUGA